AUGGCCGUGACCACUCCCUGUCUCAAUGCCACAGAAAAAAAGCACUGGUGGCUCACCAACCGAAAGGUUGUUGAGAAAUACAUCAGAGACGCUCGCACUCUGAUGGCCACGCAGGAACAGAGCGAGAUCGCUUCGGCGCUGAACCUUCUCGACGCGGCGCUCGCGAUCUAUCCGCGGUUGGACGAAGCGCUGGAGCUGAGAGCAAGGUCUCUGCUCUGUCUUCGGAGGUUCAAAGAGGUGGCGAAUAUGCUUCAGGACUACAUUCCGAGCCUGAAAAUGGCGAACGAUGACUCCGCUUCUUCGGAUAGUUCGUCGCAGCAGCUUUCUAGGGAGGGAGCGAAGCUUCUCUCCUCUGAAUCCUCGGGUUCGGAUCAGAGUUUCAAGUGCUUCUCUGUCUCUGACUUGAAGAAGAAGGUUAUGGCAGGACUGUGUAAAAGUUGCGACAAGGAAGGGUAUUGGAGAUACUUGGUUCUGGGUAAAGCAUGCUGCCACCUAGGCCUAAUGGAAGAUGCAAUGGUCCUUCUCCAAACGGGUAAGCGCCUAGCCUCCGCCGCGUUCCGCCGCGAGAGCGUGUGCUGGUCCGACGAUAGCUUUUCCCUCUCCAACCCCCUCUUCUCCGGUGACACAACACCACCCCGCGCUCCACUCCCGGAGUCCGAAGCAGUGACCCAACUCCUCGCCCACAUAAAGCUCCUCCUCCGGCGCCGAGCCGCCGCGCUCGCUGCUCUGGAAGCCGGCCUCCACUCCGAAGCUAUCCGCCACUUCUCCAAAAUCGUGGACGGGCGUCGUGGCGCCCCGCAGCACUUCCUCGCCGAGUGCUACAUGCACAGAGCCUCCGCCCACCGCUCCGCCGGCCGAAUCGCCGAUUCAAUCGCCGAUUGUAACAGAACCCUUGCCCUGGAUCCCACCUGCAUCCAAGCGCUGGAAACUCGAGCCUCCCUCCUCGAAUCAAUUCGGUGCUUCCCAGAUUCCCUCCACGACCUUGAACACCUCAAACUCCUCUACAACACUAUUUUGCGCGAUCGCAAACUCGCCGGCCCCGCCUGGAAGCGCCAAAACGUGCGCGCAAGAGAAAUCCCUGGGAAACUCUGCGCCCUCACGACCAAGAUCCAGGAACUGAAACAGAGGGUGGCUUCCGGAGACACCGCCAACGUGGACUACCACGGUCUCAUCGGAUUGCGGCGCGGCUGUGGUCGGUCGGAGUUACAGAGAGCGCAUUUGCUGUUGUCUCUGAAACACAAGCCCGACAAGGCCACGAGCUUCAUCGAGCGGUGCGAGCUGGCGGAUGAACGCGACCUCGAUUCUGUUAAGGAGAGGGCGAGAAUGUCGUCGCUCUUGCUCUACAGGCUGCUUCAGAAGGGUUACACCAACGUGAUGGGUGCCAUCAUGGACGAGGAGGUUGUUGAGAAGCAGCGGAAGAAGAAGGUUCUGGAAGCUCAGGCCAAAGCCGAGAAAUUAGAAAACAAAAUGUGCACAGUUUCGUCUCCUUCCACUGGGAAUCCCGCGGUUUUUCAGGGAGUGUUUUGCCGCGAUAUUGCAGUGGUUGGGAACUUGCUUUCGCAAACGGGAUUCAACCGUUCCAUUCCGGUCAAGUACGAGGGCUUGAGCUGCUGA